AUGGCACAUGCGCAUACUUAUCCCAUUCCGCACGACCUCUUUACGCAAGAAAUCCCUCCUUCGCCGACGUUGACCAACCCCGACAUGAUCCUUCCGUACCACCCUCUUCACACGUCGAGCCCGACACCUCUGGCUUCAUCGCCGAUCCUCCAAUCAUCCCUACCUCUGCGCCCUGACUCUGCGGUCUCUUUGAGCUCAUCCCAACCAGAUCAUGAGGCUUCAGUCGAAGUUGGCGUUGCGACAACCGUAAGGAUGCCUUCACGCGGAGAUCCUUCCGUUGGCACCGGUUAUAACAGUUAUGAGCACGGUGCAGCUUUGAGCGACAUUGGAGAGGAAGAAACUCCUAAGUCAAGGAAGAGCCGAAAAACAGACAAUUCGACGAGAUCAAAUCCUCCCUCCCCGACGCCUGCUGGACGGGCGUCGCAUUCGAAUCAGAGACUUAGUAGUCGCUCUUGUUCAAGCGACAGUUCUGAUCCAGGAGAUUGGGAGGAUUUCGAUGGCUCGAAUAUCAUGAAUGAAAGGCUAGCUGCAGAUGUAGCUAAAGUGCCGGAUGACGAGGUUGAGGAUUCCGGUAGCAAGAGAAACUCCGCUGUGGCAUCCAGCGCGGAGGACGAAAUGGCUCUGCUCAACGAGCGGGCCGAGAGGAUCCUUGAGAAUGCCAGAAAGCGUUUGACGCACAUGGAAGACCACCUGAGCAAAGCUCGCCAUGGCAUUCUUAUGUCGGCGAGGUCGUCCCCGAAUAUGUCAAAUCAGCAUCACCCUGCAGGCGGUCUGUAUCGUUCUAUCUCUGCGGCAGGGGCAAGCCAUCGCCCGGCUCGACACCUCUAUCCAAUCGCCGCACCAAAAUCAGCAGCGCACACUAGAGGUGGUAGCGAUGUGACGACAACCUCUGGUCUGAAGCACCUUUCCAUAGCCCCCGAGGCCAGGUCUGUGAGCGCUCUUGAGUAUGGCCGAAGGCAAGAAUCACCGCAAGGUCUCAACUCUCCUUCAACCCGCAUUGGCGGAUAUUCUCCAACAAGUAAUCACAGCUUCAAUUCGCCCUUGCGCGUCCUUCAGGAGGAGCAAGGCACUCCAAGCACGAACAAAACUUCUCCUGACCCUUCCUCUCCACGGGGACUAGGCAUCAACUCUUUGGCCGCCAUUUCGAAAGAAAACAUAUCUGUUAUUGCCAGCAGCCCAACGACUGCUGUCACCCGCUCCUCCUCGGCAAUGUCAAGCCGAUCGAAAGCACUCCGUGAGCAAAUGUGGGACUUGCGAACUCGAAUUUCGGACUUGAAGGACAAGGCUCAAGCUGAUAGCUUGAAGAGGCGGAGCAUACAGAGCAUCCGAAGCUCCAGUCCUUUCACUAACGCCCAUGCACCGGACCAAUGGUAUACAAGCGCCCCCGAAUACAAGGAAGCGGGGAGUCCAGUCAAUACAAAUGCUGGGAAAGGAUGGAGUCCGCUCCCUGGCAAUUCGGAUGGGGAUUGGAGUUCUUCUCACAUCAGAGUGCCCGUGGAAGUUCAGAUCACACCUGUCACACCGCAAGCACAGAAAUUGACGAACGUGGAUGCACUUGCAACCCAUGAUUCCUUACUGCUGAGUGAGGCAAGAACGGACAGGAACACUCCCAGUCUACACAAGGCGAUCAACCUAGCGCCUGCUGGGCAGGAUGACUCGAUGUCAAUCAUUCAGGAAUCUAUGUACGAAGAUGCGGCCCAGGAAUUGGAGGACGAAGAAGCCGUUGCGGCUUCAGAAGAAGAGCAGAUCUAUUUGAACGAAGUCCUAGAGGAGAGUCUACAGGAAGCCGAGCCGGAUCUCCCAGGCCUUACCGAGCAGAUACUCUCAGUUGAGGGCCCGGCAGAACGGCAUGAAGAUCGAGUCGAUGCUUUCGACUAUGAGAACAUGUUCCUCCACAGUGCUUUGGGCAAUUACACUGGUACAGGCACCAGAAGUGAGACUCCCAGCGAAAGCGACGGCAGCAGCAUAGCUACGACUCGACUGGAUCCGAAAACGCCCACGGCGGAAGUCGAUGAAAGCGAGACCGAGUUGGAUGCUGAUGUCAGUACAGAAGAAACAACCACCCCGGUUCAAGAGACUUUCCAGACUUCAGUCGUGCAACCUGAUGUCACCGCUUACCUCGCAGCACCUGUCAAACCGUGGAUGAAGGCUGUUCGAAGCAACAGUCUGGAUUCAGUCUCAACUGUGGCUACCUUCGCCACAGCUGCAGAGGGAGGCGGUGAAGGGCGGGAAGAGGACGGCAUGCCAAGCGAGGUCCUCUAUUGGGGUAAUGGGGGAAGAGGCUUCCCGCGGCCACCAGUCAGUCCGAAACAUGAAAAGCCUCCUCCAAGGUGGUCCACACCUCCAUCGAACGGACGACUGCAGCAAGGUCCAGUGAGAACGCCGCAUAUAGUUCACACUCUUGCGCCUGUCGCAUCCAAUGGCAUCUCCGCCCCUCCUAAUCAGCCACCGGGAGCGCUUUCCACCGCCACCUCGGGGGUCAAGCAGGUGCAGACUGACCCGGUCAAUGCAGGUACAGUCGACCAUCCCGCAAACACCGAGAUUCUGAUGGAAAGCCUGGUCAAGCUGGCAGACCCAGACUUCAAGAUUGUGCAUGAAAAGGGGUCGGCGACGUUUACAGAUAUCGACAAGAGUCUUGUCCUCGAUCUUUUGCGAGCCGUGGGAGGCGUCUGCAAUCAGAUCCUGAAAGCAGAGAUGAGCCACGAAGUACGAGCGGUAAAGGUCUUGCGGAGAAGAUUGGACGAAUCACGGCAGUUGUUGGAGGGUCAAACGACCGAAUAA